AACGAUCUGAAAACAAACCGGUGGCAAAAACAAAAAGACAGAUUGACAACGAUAUUGGAUUCUGUAUUUACGCAAUUAUCGUAAUAUAUAAAAAUAACUGGGUUGAUUGUAAAUUAAUAUUUAGUAAUUACAAUUGGCUAAUGAAUUUUACGUGAGAGUUUUUGGAUAAUUAAAUAUGCCGCUAAAUUAUUUCGAUUCAAAAAAAAAUAAAAUUCUCAUCAGAAAUUAAGACUAGUGGCACAGGACGGUUAAAAAAAGCACUAAAAAAAUUUAAAAACAUUAAAAAAUUAAAAUUAACUCUUUGAAAUUUUAUUAUUGUUUUAAUAUUAGAAGAAUAAUCUCGUAAAAUUUGCAGGUAUUUUUAGUAAAACAGUUAAAGCAAUUAAUUUAAAAAUUUAUUGUCAAUUUCACUGUCAAAAAAUUGCGCCUCCAAAGUGACAUUUGCAAAGCCCAAUAUCAUUACAUCAAGAUAGUCAACUCGGUCAACAUCUUUCUGGUGCUCAUGUCAUCUUGCCUGUCACAUUGAUAAAAAACGCGUAUGUUGUCAAAUAUUUCCCAUUUUUGUGUGUGAUAAAAAUACGUGUCAAAAUUUAUUAUUUUUAGGACAAUAUUAUAAUUAUUAUUAAACUUUUUUUUUUUUAAAUAAAUUUUCAUUUUAAAAAACAAAACAGAAACAAAACAAAAAAAACAAAUAAAAAGUGACAGAUAUUUUUUUUUUACUCCAAAAAUUUUAAUUAUUAUUUUAAUUAAAAAAUAAAUGCUAAUUACAUUUUUUAAUAAUUUAUUUUACAUAACAAUUUAAAUAAUUUAUUAUUGAUUUUUAAAAAAAUUUUAAAUAGAUCAAUAACUAGGUAAAUAAAUGCUUGACAUAUCAUUGUAAACAAAAAGAUUAAAAAAAAAUAUUAGUCAUCAUGUCACCAGGCGUUAAUGAUGGCUCUAGAAAAACUGGAACUUUACCUAAAAAUAAUUAUCGAAAUGAUCCAAACAUAGUCCAUGUAUCAAAUCAACAAUUAUCCUGGUGGUCACUCAACCAUGAAAGAUCAUCACAGCAUCCAAAUAACUUGUUUGAUUUGCAGCCAGUUAGUGAUCGAGAAUUUUUAAGAAGCACAAAGAAUAGCAACACCACGAGGCCAACAUCAUCAGUGCCAUCAACCUCUUACCAAGAUCUUGCUGAUAUAGCAUCUUACAGUAAUAACAAUCGACAAUAUAAUUUUACUGGAGAAGAUUGUGUCCAGUGGAACGAUAUGGCUCAACCAGCUGAUUCACGUACUCAAUCAUCACCACCACCACCAACACUUCCACCACUCAUUAAACCAACAAAUGUUGAUAAAAUGCCAGACCGUCGACAAGUUGAAAGUCGAUUGAAUCAAAUUCGUGAUUACAUCAGGGUUACCACGACAAUGAUGGAAUCAUUGAGUCAAUCAUCUGAUCCGAGAGCUCAAACACAACAUGAUAAAUUAAGCAAAAUGAUUGAGGAUUUAGGAGACAGUGAGAGUAAGCUAACAAAAUUACUGGAAGAUUAUCGUGGAAUAGAGGAGACUGGAGACAGAGAAAAUGGUGGUGAAUCAGUUGAGUCUGUAUUGCGUAAAAAAAUGGAAGCAUCACAAAGAAAAUUAGCUCAACUUCAAGAGCAUCAAGCAAAUUUAGUUGGUAUGCAAUUGCAAGUACGUGAACGUUUAAAUGAAGCACGUCAAGCACAACAAGCAUUGUUACUUCAAGAAAAUCAAACAGCAUCAUCACCAUCAUUAGUAACAACAUCAAAUGUAUGGGAAAAUAAUUCAAAUUCAUCACAAAAUCAAUUAGCAAAUGAUGCUGAAGUACUUGAAUCUGAAACAGCUAUUUUGCGUAAUAAAUUAGGUCAAUUGAAAAAUAAAAAAAAACAAAUGGAUAAUCUUGUUGCUGAAUUACAAGCUGCUGAAUUACAAUCAGACAGAGCAAGUUGUAGUUCAAAUAAUUCAAAAAAUAAUGAACAUGAUAAAGCUGCUGAAUUGGAAAUAUUAAAAUCACAAUUAUCACAUUUAAAAGGUCUCAUGGAUGAAGCAACGCGAGUCAGAGAAACAUUUAAUACACCAUAUGAUAAUUUACCAGAAUCAAAUGGUGUUAAUCAAUUGUCUGCUGAUAAUGGUAAUGUCAAUGAACAAGAUAAUGACAUUGCUGCAUCAUUAAAUUCUCUUGAUAUUGAUGAAAAAUUUAAUAACACCAAAGAUCGUUUAACUGUCGAACAAAUACAAGCUGUGACACGAGAAAUGAAAGAACAACAAGUUAUUCUACAAGCUGCAAGAGCUGAACUUCAACGUUUAAAAAAUUCAGCUCUUUCAAAUAAUAAUUGUGCUCCAGUGGCAUCCUCAGGACACUCUGGAUCAAUGUCACCAAUGUCAUCAUUGAUUGGAGCUAAUCAAAUUGCUGAUAGAAAAAUUGGCAAUAAUAAUAACAACAAUAUCAACAAUCAUAAUAAUCAUAACAACAACAACAAUAAUAUCAACAAUGAAGUACAACAACAAACAAAUAAAAAACGUCAACAAUUAGAGCAACUUGUUAGAAAAGAUAACAGUCAUACAUCAAGUGUUAAUCGUGAUCCUGGUGUUACAGGAUGGGACAGUAGACGAGCAUCAAAUUCUCGUCUUAGUCAUAUUAGUACUCCAAAUAUGUGGCCAAACAAUGAUGCUCCUGCUGAAAGUUCAAAUGAACACAGUGUUGAUGGUAAUAUGGUGCCAGAUAAUUUUUUGGACAUUGGAACUCAACCUACUGGUGUUGAUAAUGGUGUUAAUUGGUGGAAUUUAUCAAAUCCUCCUGUAAAUCAACUACCACAAGGUACAGUAGCCCCUGCUGAAUAUUAUCGUCAAUUAUUGAUGAAUUCACAAGCCCAACAAUUGCAAUUAAUGAGCACAACAAUGCAACAAUGCUGUCAAUUAAUAUGGUCACAACAAAGAGAAUUACAAACAAUGAGAACAUCAAUAACACAACUACAACAACAAGUUAGACAAACAAAUAAUCAAUCACGUAUUGAUGUUAUUAAUGAAACAUCUGAAGGAUAUUCAAAUUUAAAUCAAUCAAAUCGUCAUCAUGAUAAUAAUAAUUUGGAUACAACACUUCCACCAAGUUCAUCACUUCCAAAUCUUGUAUCAUUACCCAAUCAUCCAUCAUCAAAUCAUUCACAUACAUCUGUUAUUGCUUCGGCAAAUUCACAACAAAAUCAUCAUCAUCAUCAACAAUUGAAUAAUCAGGUACCACCCGGUAAUCGUACCAACAACUAUUGGGAUAAUUUUAGAAGUUAUUCCCGACAAAAUUUAUUAUCUGGUAAUUCUAAAAGUGAAACACAACCUGGUCAAUCUGGCAAUACAUCAGGAACAAGUGGAUCAUUUAUACGUGAUAAACGUAAUCGUGAAAAUGUAGCUGAAAAUUUAUCACUGGCAUCAUUAUCAAGUUCAGAUGUUCAGUAUCCAUUGAAUUUUCAACUUCAAUCAAAUUUGCAAUCACAAGAUCGUGAAUUAACAACAGCAAGAAGUAACAUAGACAAUACAAUUGACAAUGGAACAACCCAACAAGUUGAUAAUUAUUGGGAAGAAGCACAUUCAUUUAGACUAGCACCUGAUAAUAAUGAAGAUCUUUAUUGUCUACGUCAUCUUAGUGAUGAAAUGAGAGAUGUAUUACAAUCUCUUGUUGCAUCAAAUAGAAGAAGACCAGAUUAUCUUGUUAUUAUUUUGAGAGAAAUUAAAUCAAUUUGUGAUGAUCAAAGACUUCGACCAAGAUUAUUACGUUCAUUAAGAGCUCUUCAAGAUGCACAAUCAUCAAGAAAUAAAUCGAAUGAAACUAUUGAUCAAACAGCAAGUGACAGUUGUCAAUCAAGUGAUGAUGAUUCAGAUGUUGGAGCACUAGCUGGUUCAUUGCUUAAUUCAAAUCCUGAUAAUCAAUUUGUAACAGAUUUUUUAAUGCCAGGAUCAAUCAGGAUUCCUGGAUCAGCUAUUUCAGAUUAUGAAUUUGAAGGAGGAGCUAUGCAAAUGGAUAAUAUCAUUGCAAUUAAUUCAAUUGCACCAUCAUUAGCACCAGCCUACAAUGAAGAUCUUGCUGAAGCUGAUCAAUCACGUCCUGAAGUUACAAAUAAUCAACAGAUGUCUUUGAAUGAUGGAACUAAUGAUGCUAUUGAUAGUCAAGAUAAUCAAGUAUCUGCUACACUUAAUUCAUCAUCAUCAUCAUCAUCAUCAUCAACAUCAUCAUCAAAUAUUGAGACGAAUCCUGUAUUAUUUGAUGCACAAAAUUCAAAUAAUAAUAAUCAAAUUGUUGAAAAUUCAACACUCGAUAGAAUUCCAACACGUUUAAAUCAUCAUUAAAAUUAAUUUAUUAAAUCUCAUAAUUCCAAUAAUAAAAAAAAAUAUACUAUUUAACUAUAAUAAUAUUAAACAAAAUUACUAAUCGAAAAAUUUGGAUUUAAAAAUGAAAAAAAAAUUUAACAAAUUAAUUUAUUGCUUGUAUUAUUAUAAAAUAUUUAUAUGAUAAAUAAAAUUUUUAAACAACCUAAAA